AUGGCAAGCAGAGGUGGUCCGAAUCCGAAUGGAGGGUGGGACUUUCGGAGUGGAGGCGUUAUCUCUCCUGAUGGAAAUUGGAACUACAAUUGGGGGGCUGGUUCAGGCUCUGGUGGCACCACUUUUGGCUUUGGUUCUAGUGCAAGCUCUAGUCCUAAUGGUGGUGGGUUUGGGUUUGGGUUUGGGUUUGGAUCGGGUAGCUUUACUUCAAUUGGAGCUAGCAGGUUUGGGUUUGGUGCUGGCAGUGGUGGUGUUAAUGGUGCUGCUAGUGUCAAUUUAAACAGUGAAUUCAGAUUUGGAUUUGGAUUUGGUGGAAGUAUUAGGUACCCAACAGACCAAGUCAGGUCUAAUGGGGUUCGUGACACUAACGUUUACAACGGGAACAAUCAUGCUGCCAAUGGCAAUGGAGCCGCUGGGAGCCGUUAG